CUGGGGGGGCGUGCGACCAUGAGCAUGUUGAGUCUGGAAAUUGGAGAAGACGUUGUGGACGGACGGCACACAAGGAGUUGAUAUCCAUGGAGGAGCAGGACGCCAGGAUCCCAGCACUGGAACCAUUCAGGGUGGAACAGGCGCCACCUCUAAUCUACUAUGUCCCUGACUUCAUCUCCAAGGAAGAGGAGGAGUAUUUGCUUCGACAGGUUUUCAAUGCCCCAAAGCCAAAGUGGACCCAGCUGUCCGGGAGGAAGCUUCAGAACUGGGGUGGGCUCCCCCACCCCCGGGGGAUGGUCCCUGAGCGACUCCCUCCAUGGCUUCAACGCUACGUGGACAAAGUGUCUGACCUCAGCCUUUUUGGGGGUCUCCCAGCUAACCAUGUCCUUGUGAACCAGUACCUGCCUGGGGAGGGCAUCAUGCCUCAUGAAGAUGGACCAUUGUACUACCCAACAGUCAGCACCAUUAGCCUGGGCUCCCAUACUGUCCUUGACUUCUAUGAACCUCGGCAGCCAGACGAUGACGUCCCUCCAGAACAGCCCAGGCCUCCUCAGCAGCCCAUCACCUCGCUGCUGGUGGAACCACGGAGCCUGCUGGUGCUCCGGGGCACGGCUUACACACGUCUGCUCCACGGCAUCACAGCCACCCGCGUAGAUGAGCUGGACUCCACCUCGCUGCCGCCCAAUGCCGCUGCCUGCCAGUCGGCGUUGCCCGGAGCCCGCCUGGUGCGUGGCACCCGUGUCUCGCUGACCAUUCGACGUGUACCCCGCGUGCUGCGCGCCAGCCUCCUGCUGAGCAAGUGACCACCAGGCUCCAAAACUCCUGACCUUGGAACCUUAGGGCAGAGGUAGCUGCCCAGGGUUAUUUAUUUUCCCAGUAACUGUGGAAACCACGGAGAAGUCACCAUUCCAAAUAAACAGAAAAUACCUUUA